AUGCCUUGUCAGUUUGAUUUACGAGAGGUGCAUGCAUUCCAGAGUCGCGUAGCUACCGACGAGGAAUUGAAAUUGAGCGAUACACUGCGGUAUUACAUGAAGGAUACCGAUGCUGCAAAGGAUCUUCUUUAUCGAAGGAUGCGUUGCUUGGCAAAUUAUGAAGCAGCAAAUAAAAAUUUGGAACGAUGCAGAGGGCGGAAUAAAGAUAUACCAAGGGUACUAAAUUUACUUGUUUUUUUCAUUGGUCUGGAUUAUUUAACAUUUUGUCAGGAUCGCCUGAACUAUUGGUGUGGGAUCCUUGCUGUUACUUGA